CAUUGCUAGGAAAGAAUUCACUGCCACGUAUUUCAUAUCCUCUCAUGACGUUAGUCGACGUAUACUAACAUAAUGAAUGACCACCAUACACUUGCUGCGCACCUGUUUACCGUAUGUACCGCCCAUAUCACUUACCAGCCCUCAAGGUAAUUGCUAAAAUUUGAGAUCUGAUCAGUUUCAUCGACAGCGCAGUUGGGUGAAGAGCUGAAAAGCUACAGAGAACAGGACAUUCUCCACGGAAAUUGUGUACGCUGAAGUUUCACCGUGAUUCGCCCUUUCUUCAUCAACUCCUCACGCUCCUCCGGACCGCAACGCCGUAGCCAUGAAAGUCGCGUCCAAAGCCUGCGCGGUGAUCUUCCUCGGGCUGGUCGUCACGGCGCUGACGUCGGCUGAGCAGGAAAGCAGAGCUGGCACCACUGCAAUGCGCGAUUUUGUGCUCGCUGGUGGCGUCAAGAGCAACUUGUUCGCGACGUGCUCCGCUCUCGCCAACACCGUCACGGGCGACCUGUUCUCCAUUGACCUCGGAGGCGGCAAAGAAUACCAAAGAUUUGCCCCCAAGAAUUCGAUUGCUGUUGAUUGGGUGAAGCUGAACAGCAGCGGCGCAUCGACGGACAUCAUCGCCUGCUCGGCCGCCGCUUAUGCGAGGAACGCUCACAUGUUCAAGUUCAACGGCUCCUGCUAUGCAGGAGAGGUGACUGGCAAUAUUCUGUACGGCUUCCUGUACGACGAGCAGGACUGCGGUGACGCGCCUGCUGAAGUUGUGUACGUCAUGCCGCCUCUGUCCAUGUCUGACGGGUGCAUCCGCGGCAACAGCGACAACACAGGUCUCGUCUUCAAUGAUAAUGUUGAAACCCCGUACGACCCUGAACUGAUGCCGCAGAAACUGACUUGCUGCAAGAAAAUAAUAGCCGGACAUUGCGUCGCAAUUGUGCAACGUCCUGACCCCCACGAAAAAUUCGCAUACUGUGAGGCCAAGGCUCGGUGCGAGGCCCUCGGCUUGCAGCUGGCAUCCUACGAGUUGGAGAUCAACCCCGCCAUUCAGCAAUACGCCCUAGAUCAAGCAAACGCAAGUCCUGACAUAGGUUUCUUCUUCUAUAUCAACACGCAGCGUGGAGAAGGGGGCUACUACCGCUGGCUUCCGGACGGCCAGAAUAAUACCAUUCGUGACAAUGGCUCUCCCUCUCGGAAAUGUGCUGAAUUCAACACCUAUUGGAUUGAUCUUUUUCCGAUUGACUGCGGGUAUUUGGAUGAAACACAAGCUCUCUGCAUCGGCCCCAACACAUCCCUGCAGGAAUGUUGAGAAGCACUGAGGCGGCUACUACAAUACGCACAUUUUUCUUGAUAUUUUAGCCUUGCGUGAAGAGUGAAAUAGUUUUGCUCUUGAUAUAGAGCUGGUAUUUCACGCCUUCCUCACCUGCCUUCUUGAGGCUUUCCUGUGUUGUGUUGAACCAAUAAACAUCAUCGCUGCA